AUGUUAGACUCUACAGCAGAUUCCUCCGUCGUUGAGGACCGGCCUAGUGACUCCGAAAAAAUCGCGCACGAAACCCCUACCGACACGAACGCACCGACACAAUGGCGCCAGAUUGCGAUACUGUUGGCGCUGUAUCUGGUGAUGUUUGCAGUUGCGCUGGACAACACGAUACUUGCACCUGCUCUCCCCGUCAUCAAGAUCCUCCACAGUCGGGUAUGUACCAUGUACUCCAUUAAAUGGUUUUACAUGACAAAUUUGGUAAUCUUCGAAAUCGGAUCCGUCGUGUCGGCGGCAACUCCCACCUCGGUUGGCUUGAUACUUGGACGGGCUAUCACGGGAAUAGGCGCUGCAGGGCUUCUUUCAGGGACUAUCUUGCUCACUGCUGCGAGCAUGUCUUUGCGGCUUCAGGCAACGGCUUUGGGAAUUCUUGGGGGGCUGAAGGGCGCUGCAGCGGUGGCUGGGCCAUUGACGGGCGGGGCUUUCACAGACAAGGUCUCCUGGCGAUGGUGCUUCUACAUUAAUCUCCCUCUUGGCGCAGCCGGUGCCGUACUCCCGAUAUGGUUCCAAGUCAUCAAAGGUGCCUCCUCCUCUCCUUCCAUGGGAUACUACACUCCCACUAUGAUCAUGGGCUGUAUCCUGGUGCUCAUCAGCACCGCCCUGAUGACUACCUUUACUGCGAAAACUAGGACCGUAAAAUGGGCUGGCUACCAAGUCAUCAUGGGUGCUGGAAUUGGCAUGGGGGCGCAGCAAACUGUCCUCGCUAUGCAGGCUUCACUACACGCUAAAGACGUGCCUGUUGUUACGGCUCUGAUGAUAUUAUAUCAGACGCUUGGAGGUGCUGUUUUCCUGAUCGUGGCGCAGAAUAUCUUUCAGCAUGAGCUGGUGAAGAGCUUAACCGCUAGGAAUAUUCCGGGUGUAGAUGCGACCAGUGUGGCCGCUGCGGGAGCGACGGAGGUUAGGAACCGAGUACCCGCCGAGUAUCUGGGAGAGGCGUUAGAAGCGUAUAAUGCAGCGGUGGUGAGGACGUUUUAUAUCUCGGUUGCGUUGGCGGCAGUGGCGGUUUUGGCAACGUUUGUGCCGGAGUGGAAGUCGGUGAAGACAAGGGUGAAGAAUAGAGAAGAGCAGGACAAUGUCGAAUGCGGAGGGAAUGAGAUCGUGUAGAUGCUGCUCUUGUGUAUUUAGAUACAAGAUAGAAGCAAUUUCGUCAAGGACGAUCCAUCAAGUCUCCUGGACCAUCCC